ACCGGGACGCGGAGAGCUCCCCACUAGCGCCAUUCCUCGGCACGUCCCCUGCAGCGCAGGUGAGUCUCCAGGUCGCAACCAACACUGACCCAUCCUCGACACCUUGACUUGCUUCAGACCCCGAACAUCGCAGUCGCCAACAUGGACUUCGCAAAGUUGAUGUCCGCACACAUCAAGAAGGGAAAAGACCCAGCCUCACCAGCCGAACCGACGGAGAAAAAGUAUCUCAAGCGCAGCGAAAUCGAAGCGCAACGGCAAGCCGCAUACGUCGCUGAGCAAGAAGCCGCGGAGAAGGCACGGCGGGAACGUUUCGAGAAGAAGCGCAAGGCCGAAGAAGAUGAAGCCGAGAGGGAAGCCGAACGCCGGGAAAAGCGAAUGCGCAUGGCCGAGGAAUCAAGACGCAUAAGGGAAGAAGAGGAAGAGGCAGAAGAGAGACAGCGGCGAAAGCGGCUAGGUCUUCCUGAUCUUCCGCCCAAGACGAAGGAAGGCGAAGGAGACGGCACACCGGUCCCAGAAGACGAAGAUAUCGAGGACGAAGAGCUCGUCGCAAAGCUAAGAGCCCUCGAUGAGCCAGCGCGGCUAUUCGGCGAGACACACAAACAACGCCUGAAGCGAUACAAGAAGCGCGUCGGCGCAGACAGCCUAGCAGCCAUCAUGACGGACGGUCCGAUACCCACAACACUACAACUCGUGCCUGAGAAAGACAUGAAGGUCAGCCCCCAAGUACCCAAGGACAAGGAGGGUCGCGAAUUCCUGUUCAGACAGCUGGCGAGCUAUUUCACCAUGGUUCUGAAAGAAUGGGACCUCACACUCCUACGUCGAGACCCCGAGGUCAAAGAGAGCUACCAAGGGAAACAAGCCUACGCCGCUAUGGUACAAGCGCGCGAGAACAUGCGACCACUGUUCAAGAAGCUGGAGAAGUUCGAUCUUCCAGACAGUAUCGUCGAGCCCGUUGUAGAGAUUGUGCACGCUGCACAGGAGCGAAGAUACGUCGACGCGAAUGAUGGUUAUCUACGUCUUAGUAUUGGCAAGGCGGCGUGGCCCAUUGGUGUUACCAUGGUGGGUAUCCACGAGAGAAGCGCGCGAGAAAAGCUGCAUGAGAGCGAUAAGAACGCGGCGCAUAUUAUGAGUGACGAGAUGACACGGAAGUAUCUGCAGAGUAUCAAGCGAUGUUUGAGCUUUGCGCAGACGAGAUGGCCGCCAACGGAUCAGCUGCAGCUUAUGGGCUAAAUGUGCUGGGAUGGAUAAUUGACUAUUUGUAGAUCUUGAUCUCCGCAGCGACGCUCUCAUUCAGCUCCUUUAACGGUUCGCUGUCGGACUUAAACUUUUCCACUUCCUGACGAACGUGGCGUUGUCCUGUUUCUGUUGUGUACUUUUCAUACGGCGCCCUCCCACUCAGCGUCUUUGUUGUCGCUUCGCUUCCGUUUACACAGUAAAGAAUGCUUGAUCUGGAUGGGUUGAAACGAGAAAGAUGAUGCUCGUAAGGAAGAGGUGCUUACGUACUUGUCUUUUGUCUCGUCCUUGAUCAGAUCAUCCGUUCCUUUGGUCUCAGUGGAUAUCGGUUCAGCCGCUUGGACUUUGGGAACGUGCUCACCAGCUUAACAUUCGAGAUUGGUUUGGUGUUGGCCACGA